CAUGUGCACGGCGUCUGAGCAUUGCCGUGCAGGGAGGGAGCUCCUCUCGUCCAAUGUACUAUCUUUGGUGCGGCAACGCAGCAGCAGCAGCGCGGUGAGAAAGGAAAGGGCGCUCAACUGUAGUCAGCGGCAGCGACCCAGCAGCAGACAUGUCGGACAGUGGGAGUCAAGAACCCGCCGAUGCCGCGGCCCCCCGCAGCGACAGCCCGACAACACGGGCACCUAUACCGCCCGUCGGCAACCGGGUGUCUGUGGUGCUCGGGGCUCAGUGGGGCGACGAGGGGAAGGGGAAAGUUGUGGAUCUCUUGGCACAAGACGCGGAUAUGGUGUGCAGAUGUCAGGGCGGAAACAACGCAGGACACACCGUGGUGGUUGACUCAGUUGAAUACGAUUUCCACCUCCUCCCCAGUGGCAUCAUCAACCCCAAGGUCACUGCCUUCAUUGGCAACGGUGUGGUGAUCCACCUCCCAGGCCUGUUCGACGAGGCAGAAAAGAAUGAACGCAAAGGAAACGGUCUCAAAGACUGGGAUAAGAGGUUGAUCAUCUCCGACAGAGCACACAUUGUGUUUGACUUCCACCAAGCAGUUGAUGACAUUCAGGAACAGCAGAGACAAGAUCAAGCAGGCAAGAACCUUGGGACAACAAAGAAGGGGAUUGGUCCUGUGUACUCAGCCAAAGCAGCACGUAGCGGUCUCAGGAUAUGUGAUCUGUUGGCUGACUUCACCAAGUUCUCUGAAAGGUAUAAAGUAUUGGCCCAGCAGUACAAGUCUAUAUACCCGACUCUGCAGAUCGACAAAGAGGGAGAGCUGGUCAAACUAAAGGACUACGUGGAGCGGAUCAAGCCCAUGGUGAGAGACGGGGUGCACUACAUGUACGAAGCCCUGCAUGGACCUCCUAAGAAGAUCCUUGUGGAAGGAGCCAACGCUGCACUGCUGGACAUCGACUUUGGGACGUACCCGUUUGUGACGUCAUCCAACUGCACGGUGGGCGGGGUUUGCACAGGUCUUGGCAUGCCGCCUCAGAACGUCGGGGAGGUCUACGGGGUCGUAAAAGCGUACACCACCAGAGUGGGCAUCGGAGCUUUCCCCUCAGAGCAGAGCAAUGACAUCGGAGAACUACUUCAGACCCGAGGGAAGGAGGUGGGCGUGACCACAGGCAGGAAGAGGAGAUGUGGUUGGCUGGAUCUGGUGCUCAUCAAAUAUGCACACAUGAUUAAUGGUUUCACUGCUUUAGCACUCACCAAACUGGACAUACUUGACGUGUUUGAAGAGAUUAAAGUGGGAGUAGCAUACAAAGACGACAACCAAACUAUACCUCACUUCCCGGCCAAUCAGGAGGUGCUGCAGCGUGUGGAGGUCCAAUAUGAGACGCUGCCGGGCUGGAAAAGUGACACCUCGGCUGCGAGGAGUUUUGAGGAGCUGCCUGAGAAUGCUCAGAAAUAUGUUCACUUCAUUGAGGAGCAUGUGGGAGUGCCUGUGAAAUGGAUCGGUGUGGGGAAGUCUCGGGAGUCCAUGAUCCAAAUGUUCUAGAUGAUGGGAGGAGAAGCAGAGAGGAAGCACAGCAGCGAAUCAACUGUACCCUCCAUCCCCUCCCUACCUACACACAGCCUACCUACCUAUCUGAUGUUUCCGGCGGGGACAUAACCGCCAUAACUGUUUUAAUGCUUUCCUGUCAUAUUACCAGACUGUCCCAUGUUACAGACCGGACCUCUACGGAUCAGACUAACAUCAGACUGAACUCUCUAUGAAUGUUUCUCAGCAUCUCUGUCGGGAUUUUUAACAGUUUUAAACUACAGAUAACAGCUUCAAGUUCAACUGCUUCUUAACUUUGUUCCUGUUUUUAUCAUAGCCAUGUAUCAAAGACACAUGCGGCAACACCAGCUGCCAUCAGGUUUGAGAAAGAACAUGAGGAAAUGGACUCAGUACAUACAGAUAGACACACGCCGACACAGGAUCACGGCCCAGAGGGGCUGUCCACAGAUAUAAACUUUGAUCAUGUGUAUUUUUUGUUCAUGUUUUUGUGUUUUAAAUGCACUGUUUCAUUCUGGUGUCAAAUCAAUUUAAAAAAAAGUUGAAACCUCUGCACUUUAGAUGCUUUGGACUUUAUCUGUUUUAUGUUUUCUUCUGCCAGGUUUACAUCACAUCCUGACACGAUAAAGGGAUACUUUAAUACUUUUAA